AUGGCUCUUACAGGAAGGAUCCCCCGUGAUUUAGGAAACCUCACAUUUCUUGUUUCUCUUGUCUUGAGAAGCAACAAUUUCCAUGGAAAUUUGCCUCAAGAAAUAGCACACUUGCGUCGGCUUAAGUAUCUUGAUUUAAGUUUGAACAACUUUAGAGGGGAGGUUCCUUCUUGGUUUGGGUUCUUACACAAACUUGAAGUUUUAAAUCUUGGAAAUAAUAGAUUCACUGGUUCCAUCCCUUGUUCAUUUUCUAAUAUUUCCACACUUGAAACUUUGAAUCUGAGAUUCAAUUCAAUAGAGGGUCAAAUCCCAAAAGCAAUUGGAAGUCUUGAAAACUUGAGAGUUUUAAUCUUGGGUAGAAACAAAUUCAUAGGUUCUAUUCCAGAAGAGAUUGGCAAUCUUCACAACCUGAAUGUGUUGUCCAUGGAACAUAAUCAGCUUACAGGUUCUAUACCAUUCACAAUUUUCAAUAUUUCUAGUAUCCAAGUCAUCGCAUUUUCAAACAAUAGCGUAUCAGGAAAGCUUCCCAAUGAUUUAUGCAAUCGUCUUCCAAUACUCAAAGAGCUUCAUCUAUCAAUGAACAAGCUUCAUGGUCAUAUGCCUAUAAGCUUGUCAAAUUGUUCACAACUUCAAAUAUUGUCUCUAUCUGUAAAUGAUUUUGAUGGACCAAUACACAGUGAAAUUGGAAGAUUGAGUAACUUGCAGAUAUUGUAUCUCGGAUCUAACCAUUUCACAGGUAUAUAUGUUUUAUUUUACGAAUGCUAG